AUGCUGGCGCAAUCUGCCCUCAAUCCCGGGGCGCAAGUCAAUCAGCCCCCCUCCGUGCCUGCUGCUCCCAGCCCCGAGCCUGCCACGGCUUCCCCGUCAGCCCCUCCGCCUACUCAGCCGGUUCCCGUGACUGGGGCUGCCCCGGUGCCUGGGGCAGAUCAGCCUCCACCACCCCGCCCCCUCCGCCGCCCGCGUUUGGCCGUUGCGGGCUCGGCUACUCUCCCCCGCCUUCGUCGGGCGGUGGUCACCCUUCUGCUGCCGGAAGCUGGUGCUGACGCGAAUCGGGCUGACAUUUCAGUCCGGCUGUCUGCCCUUCUCCGGGGACACAUGUUCCCGAACGGAACCAUCCCUCCUUACGAAGCUACGCCUGGUGAGGCUCUCCGGGUCCCGCGACGCUCGUACGCCUGGCUUCUGUUCUCCUGGCCCUCUGCCGACGACGCUGCGGCGUUCCGCCGCCUCUUCCCGCUUUCCCUAAGGCUUGCCUCCUCCCGUACCGUUCUUCUUAAGGCGUAUGACGACCCCCAUCCGGAGUUUACCGCCUCCAAGACCAAUGGCGUGUACACUCUCUGUCCGCAACGUUCCUAUUGGUUACGAUCCGGAAGACAUUAA